AUGGUUUCCUUCACCUCAAGCCUUUUCGCCGUCGCGGCUGCUCUCUCUCUCGUCUCAGCUGCUCCAGCUGCAGAUGUCUCCGCCAGAACCGCGCCCGCUUUUGUUGCAGUCACAUUGUACGGAGCUGCAGGUGCUUCAUACACCACCGACGUUUACUUCGACGAGGAUGCAACCUACACCUACAACGAUUUGAGCAUUUCCAGCGUCUCUUUCGAUCACAAAUUGGCUUAUUGCACCUUCUACGGUAUCGAUGAGGAGACUGCACCUCCCGUGAUCUCCAACGGUGGCCAAGUCGGCCCUCCUCAAACCAUCAUCUCCAUCUCCUGCGAGUGCCUCGAAUAG